AUGGACAACAAGGAUUUUGAAGUGUCUGCGCCGCCAACAGACAGCGUAUCGUGCUUGUCGUUCUCACCGAAUGCAGAUAUUUUAGCAGUAGGCAGCUGGGACAACAAUGUGAGGAUAUACGAAGUAGCUCCAACUGGACAGACAAUACCAAAAUUCAUGUACUCGCAUCAACAGCCAGUGUUAUCGAUAUGCUGGUCGAAGGAUGCCUCCAAGUUGUUCAGUGGAGGUGCAGACAACGCGGCGAGAAUGUUUGACUUAGGAAAUCCAGUCAACAACCAAUCCACCCAAGUUGCUCAACACGAUAAACCAAUUAAAUGCGUAAAAUGGAUCGAAACUCCGACAGGCGGUAUUCUAGCAACCGGCAGCUGGGACAAGACUAUUAAAUACUGGUCAAUUGGGAAUCCCACUCCUGUAGGAACCGUGCAGCUCCCUUUCCAACUCUACUCAAUGGACGUCGUCUAUCCCCUACUCGUUGCUGCGACUGCUGAACGUCGCAUCGUCAUUAUCAACCUCACACAACCGACAACCAUCUUCAGGGAGCUCGAGAGCCCCCUCAAGUGGCAGACUAGAGUCGUUGCUUGCUUCCCCGCAGGCGAUGGCUAUGCUGUCGGUAGCAUUGAGGGCAGAGUCGCUAUUCAAUACGUAAACGAGAAGGACCAGGCGCAGAACUUCUCGUAUAAAUGCCAUAGAUCCAAAGAUGGCAAGGAAAUAUAUGCCGUGAAUGAUAUUACUUUCCAUCAGCAUCACGGGACGUAUUCUACAUGCGGCUCUGAUGGUACAAUUUCAUUCUGGGACAAAGAUACCAAAACGAGGCUCAAGAAUCUCGAAAUCAACCAGGGUCCUAUCCCAUGCAGCGCGUUCAACUCAGCUGGCACUAUCUUCGCUUAUGCCCUCUCAUACGACUGGAGUAAAGGUUUCUCAAAGCAGCCUCCGACACCAAUUGUGAAAAUAAUGCUGCAUGCAACUACAGACGAGGAAGUCAAGCGCCGUCCACCAAAGAAGUAG